AGUGAUUUGACGUAAGACCCCAUGCAGGAAGAAAAUGGCCUCCCCGUUCAGUCUGCUAUGCUUGCUGUACAAUAUGUACAGGAUCCUGUACAAAAUGUACAAGCUAUGUGUGUAAGGAUGUGCUAUGACAGCUAAUACAGGUAUAGGGAGGUUAGCAUAGCUAACAGAUCAACGAACAAUAUAAGACCUUUACAAAAUGGCCGACGAUGAGGCAAGUAGGUUAGCCAAGCGGGAGGAGUACGUACAGAAAGCCAAGCUCUCGGAGCAGGCAGAGCGUUACGAUGACAUGGCGGAGGCGAUGAAGAAAGUGACGCAGAUGGGUAGCGAAUUAAGCAACGAGGAGCGGAACUUAUUGUCUGUGGCGUACAAAAAUGUCGUCGGUGCAAGACGGUCGUCGUGGCGGGUGAUUUCCAGCGUGGAACAGAAAACAGGGCCAAGCGGGGAGAACAGUGAACGGAAACUACAGCUCGCCAAACAAUACCGGGAGAAGGUUGAAGACGAGCUGAAAAAAAUCUGCGAUAAUGUUUUGGCUUUACUAGAUGAAUAUUUAAUCCCCAAAGCAUCAAAUGAAGAUAGUAAGGUAUUCUAUUUAAAGAUGAAAGGGGAUUACCAUCGAUAUCUAGCUGAGGUGGCCACAGGCGAACAUAGGAAAGUUGUUGUUGAAUCAUCGAAGCAAGCGUACAAAGAAGCCACCGAAAUCGCCAAGGAUAAAAUGCAACCGACGCAUCCAAUUCGACUUGGCUUGGCGCUAAACUUUUCUGUGUUUAAUUAUGAAAUACUUAACGAACCUGAAUCGGCCUGUCACACUGCCAAAGUGGCUUUCGAUAAAGCUAUUGCAGAUUUAGACACGAUAAAAGAUGAGUCGUAUAAGGAUAGUACGUUAAUCAUGCAGUUACUGCGAGAUAAUUUAACGCUUUGGACGACUGACACCCAAGAAAAUGCUGAUGUGGACGUAGAACAUGCUGCCGAACAGGACUAAUGUGCUGCCCCCUGUGAGAGGCGCAUGAACUGGUGCACAGUCAUCCAUCGUCAGCCAGAUAGAGAGUUCCCUAUCACCCCUAGAAACCUGUCGUCAACCCGGCAAAAAUACGAAACUACGCUGCAUAUCUAGAGGUCGAGGAAUCAUUUCAUUUAGAGGUGCUAUGAUCACCUUUGACCCCCAUACAUCUAUAAUGAACUUGCCUAAUGUAAGCAAUGUACUUCAAGAUGGAACUGAUCAUUUGGAUGGUUUAGGGGUGAUAUGAGCUCGAUCAUUCUCACUCACCCCUAUAACUCAAAAUGGACCCUGUAGAUGGACUCGGGUGCAUUGGAAUAGAUUAUUCCAUUUCGAAGAUCAGGGGUGAUAGGGAGAGUCAUUUCUGCAGACUAUCUGCUAUACUCUGUGUGUAAUUUUUGCAUGCAGGUUUUGACUUGCGUGUGAAUUGUUUUCUUAAGUGUGCUUAGACCGAUGAAAAAAUUCCUCGAUAAGAUCAUGACUUGGUACUUGAGUGAAGUCUUGUAUUGCAGUUGUGCUUCGUUAUUGAUGUAAAACAUACUAACCCAAAAUUUAUUUCACGAAAGGUUGUCCUGUCAGGAAUGUGAUAAAAUUACAUCCAUUUGAAUUGGGGUUUCAGAUUUAACAAACUCAUUAGUGGGUUUGGGGCCGUAGAUUUUGUAAAGGCAGCUGCAACGACUGGGGACUAUCAGUGUGAGAAAUUGCCUAUAUUGAAAACUAGAAAAGAAUUCCGAGAGCUUUUUCAUCGUUUCUAGCACAUAAUUUUAUUGAAGACUCAUAGGCCCAUACUGUGUUCUGGACAUUAUUCUGCAGAUUAUUUGAGGCUUUUAUGAAGUUUCUGGGGCCUAUAGGGCUUUCGGUAGAUUCUUGUAUCGCAAUUCAGACGUUCUAUUGUUAACACCACUGUAUCUCAUGAAAAAUAUAACAAUUUCUAGUCUUAUUGGAGGCUGAGACUCCAAUUCUUCCCUUUACCUCAACACGCUUCACAACGUCUGCCGUAUGAGCCUUUUUCUAAACAAUAUCUCGAUAUCUCGUACAUGAAUUAGUCGUGUAUUAUUGUUGUUGGCAUUGAAAGUGGAGCUAAGCCUUAAAAAAUCUGCAGAAGAGAUGACGGUUCUGGCCUUGAAGUUGAAGCAUAGCAGCUGAGUGUCCAUGCCAAGUUUCACUUCAUGUGACCAGUCGUCUGUGUACAAUACGGUACAAUGUCUCGUACAAAUGUAUGGCAGAUUUUGCCACGCUUGUGUUGGAGCCAACUCAAGAAUUUCAGAACCAUGAUUUUUUAUCAGCCGUUUAUGCGUAUCAAUAGACAUUUCCUCGAUGGAAAAAGUAGUCCCGAGAAGCCGAUGACGACUUUUUUCAUCCUGGUACGUGAUUAUAUUACAAUUGUUAUCGUUUGAAUUUGUAUCUUAAUGUACAAUGCAGUGUCUAGACUAUAUGGUAGGUGGCGCCGCUGUAUAGCCAUUCAUUGUUUUUAGCUGUAGAGUAUGUCAGGUUCUGCCCAGGGUUGCGAGAGAUUGUGAAAAUUGAGUGUUUCAUUGGACAGACUUGCCAAGAGGAAAUCGUUCAUGUGGUAAAAGUGUUCCCUGUUACAAGGUGUUCCCUUUUACCAGGUAUUUCCUGUUACCGGGUGUUCCCUUUAACCAGAUGUUCCCAGUUACCAGGUGUUCCCUCUACCAGGCGUUCCCUGUAACCCGUCGGGACUAUUUGGUCGAUUCCACUUAUUGGUGUAAUGGAACGAUAAAUGGACAGAUGCUGCUUCCAAUGGACAACAUUUCGCAAGCAAACAAGUCUGGCCAGGACCUCGAUCGCGACCAGUCUCUAGUCUCUAGUCUUCGUGUGGGUUAUGUGGACCCCAACUAUUAGUAAACCAUUACCAGAGUUUUGUCUACCAUGAAAAAAACAUUCUGUUCGGAUGAAUUUUGACAUAGGAGGAAUUUAGAGGCUAUUCAUUUCUUCCUGGUCCCAAUUUCUUGUUGGUCGUUUCGUCUAUUUCUGAUGUCAAAAUUAUGUUCAUUCAUUGGUGCACAUAUAACUGGUCAAGAUAGCUGUUUUCAUGGCAUUGCAGAGAAAUUUUUGAAAUCCUGUCCUUCAUGCCACUUUGUGAGGAUCUGAUUUUCAAAUGAAAUUUUUUUCUUCUGAUGCAAAGUUUAAAACUUUGUUUUUCUCAACAUUGUUGGUGCUUUGGUCACAUACUCAUGGGAAUGUUGUAUUUGAACUAACCCUUGACAUAAGUGGCACCUAGGAAGUUCACCUAGGCCCGGGGAGGCAAUCUGGGUAUGCACAUUCGUGUCCUUAAGUUUGCAGGCAAAGAGUGCACAUUCCUGCCAAAGUUGCGGGGAUGCGCACAUGGUUGAAAGCCCCUCUUGACUCCUCAGUGGAGCUCACCUGGCAAAAGCCCUGGAUAUUGCAAAACAGCCCUUCUGUUGCUGUUAUCUGUACAUGUAAUGUAAAAAUACGAUAUAGUCAACACACAAAAAGUGUAAAUCUUUUUGGAGAAGGAUAUGCAUACAUGUGCCCCUUCCUUAGGGAGAGGCCUCCCAAGGGGUUUAGGUUCAACAAGGUCCCAAAAUGCUGAAUGAAUAAUCUUCCUUAAAACAGUCCACAACUGAAGAACUAGAGUUAAAAAUCCGAUGCGAUUUAGCAAUUAGAGAUGGUGGUCUUUUCACCUGGUCGCUGUUGUUUUUUGUUUGUUUUUGUAAUGCUGUUUUCUUUAAAAACGGGUGCUAUAAUUAUAGUUCCCCUCCCGCGCUUGCCAGGGAUGGCAUUUAGAUUUCUAAAACUAAAUGGUUGUAGUAGCUCCAUUUUGGAAUGGAAAUGAACUUUUUAUCGUAUCCUAGUCUUGACGGAGACCGCUGGAAUACCCUGUCCGUUUGCAUAUUCAUUGUUACCCCACGCUCCCUGUCUCAUUGGAAUGACUUGAGGGGUUUCACCUUCUCUCAUACAACACAUUCUUGAAAGUGCCAAUGAAAACCAUUUUAUAUAUCUUCAGUCACAACGAUGUGUUCGUAAACAAAUAUGAAAAACUGAACUCAGAUCUUUUAAAACGCUCUCUUGCUCGCGUCUGUUGUGCCAAUCAAUAACAUUAUAUGUAUCUUCAGCCAAAACGAUGUAUUCGUAAUCGCUAUGAUCAAAUAAAAUAAAGUGUGCUCAAAUCUUUGAAAACAUUAUUUGAUACAACCAUUUGCAGUCAGACACUUUUUCAGAGUUUCCAUUGUUACACUCGAUAUUGCAGCAUUAGAAAGUGUAUUUUUUGCAACAUCUUGACGUGUUGUCCUAUAAAGACAGAAAGAUAGGGAGUGUGAUAGAAUUUUCCUGAGAUAUGGUUAUGACAGACCGGUUUCUGUGCUGUUGAACUCCAAGUGAACAGGAGUGUUGUCAAUCAAUAUUGCGACAUUGCCAAAUAGUUAUUGUAAGGGGCGUUGCUGCAACAAUGCUUUCUAGAAAGUCAAAAGGAUGGUGUCCCAUUAGUCUGCACAGUACAAAUGUAUACCCUGUGUCGGUAUAAACAGCAACAGUGUUCCCCAGAAAAUCGGUGUUCUCUAUUAAACACCAGUGUUGUCAUGGCAAACAUGACAGUUUUCCUGAUAACAGAAUGUCGUGCUGUGUAAUAGAUGUUGUGAACUUUUCCACAAAUACAUUUCAUUUGCAUAUGUCGUGCAGGCCUUUUCAAUUGCAUGAUGGUCAGAAGAUGUACUUGCCGGAUUUCACCAAGAAAAACCAAACACUUCCUCUGAAAAUAAAAUACUUGUAGUUUUGUAAAGACAGAGCAAAACCAGAUAAAUAGUAUUCCAUUUGUAUUUUGUCUUGAAUACAAAUACAAAAAGUCAUUUGAGAUACAAAAUUCAUGUAAUUGAAAGCAGCCUGCGGUGUGUCACACCCCUAAAAUAUCAGUCCACAGUUAGUCAGAAAAAUGAAACAUCCUGUCCAUGGGACUGAAACUGUUUAGAAUUGCCCUGCCAAAGGGGAACAGUUUGUGAGCUCAGAUCUCACCAGGUGCUUUUGGAAAAAGUCUUGUUGGAACAGUUAGGGCGAUUUUAGGAGGGUGACCACAUGAGGACACAUGUAUGCAAAGGUACGUUGAAUUGUCCAAUUUUCCUUUUGAGUUUUUUGCAUGAUUGUUUUUUAUCAUCAUCAGCUGUGUUAUGGGAAUGGUAGAUAUUAAAGCAGAAUUUAU